AUGUCGCGACCGCCGGCUGCUCGCUCUUCGGUCGCAUCUGGUCUUGCCCCUCCACCACCUCCAGGCUAUCCCGCCAGUGCGCAUGGUUCAACAUAUUUCGCUCCUCCUCCCGUGUCUGUUGCGCCCACAAAUCUAAGUCGACCACAAUCACGCCAUGAGCCUCCUCCUCUCGCUUCGACAAUGGGCCCUAUGCCUGGCACUCUCGAGCGACCCAUCCAUGGCCCCAAAAAGCGCCUGAUCGUAACCUGUGAUGGAACUUGGCUCGACGCCGACAACGGCCUGGUAAACGGGCAGAAACAACCCCCGUCCAACGUCUCGCGCAUAGGCUGGGCCAUCAAGGACACGUCGCGCGAUGGGAUACCUCAGAUCGUAAAUUAUCAGGCUGGCGUGGGAACCAUGGGUGGCCCCACCGCGCGCGUUGUCGGCGGCGCAACAGGGUUGGGGUUGAAGGAAAACAUGCGCAUGUCGUAUACAUAUCUGGCUGUCAACUGGCGUGCCGGCGACGAGAUAUUCCUCAUGGGCUUUUCUCGUGGCGCGUUCACAGCGCGUUCUUUGGGCGGCAUGGUCGGCGCAUUGGGUCUACUCACGCGAAGCGGGCUACCCUAUUUCAACGAGAUUUUUGAGGAUUGGGAACACCGUGCCGACGACCGUUACGUCUCCCAGUUUCCUGACGUUCCAUUCCCGGAGAAAGGGCGGUUUGAUGAUCGUUAUGUGCAGGAAUUGGGUCGGCGCGGAUUAACAACGUUGAACGUCCCGAUCAAGGCGAUUUGCUGCUGGGACACGGUCGGUGCUCUCGGUAUCCCUCGCGUGCCUUGGCUCGAGAGUCUGAGACUGCAAGCGCGUGGCAUGCAUGCCUACGAAUUCUACGACACGACAUUGCACCCUUGUAUUGAGAAUGCGUUUCAGGCUUUGGCGCUGGACGAACGAAGGGCUCCGUUCACUCCGGCGCUGUGGGAGAAGCGGGACAAUCACAGGACGAAUCUGGUCCAGUGCUGGUUUCCGGGAGUGCACAGCAACGUCGGCGGUGGUUACAGCGACCAGCAGCUGGCAGACAUCACAUUGGCGUGGAUGAUAUCGAAACUCGAGCCGUUCCUGGACUUCAGACCAAACUAUCUGAUAGGGCUGUGGGAGGAGAAUCGUGCUUUUUACAAACAGACGAGACAGAAGACGAGAUGGUGGAGUUUUGGCGAGAUACUCGAAAGCGUCAAGGGACUCUACGCCUUGACAGGAUCGAAGACGAGGACGCCUGGGAAUUACUUCCGAUCGGACCCCGCGACGGGACGGACCACCAACAAGAGGUUACGAGGAACCAACGAGUUCAUCCACGCCUCUGUGCGCGCGAGGCUGGGGCUACAGGGGCCUGGAGUUGAAGACCGUGGUACCUACGAUCCACCCGCUCUGAGAGAUUGGACGUUCGACGUAGAAUAUGUAGGGCAAGGCCCCGGCGCAAACAAAGAUGGAAUGAUUGUGAUGUGGAAUAACCAUGGGCAGUCAUCGCGGCGGAGGGGAGAGAAAGGGGGACAGGAAAGGAUACCGGAAGAGAAGCUAUCAGAGACGGAACUGGUGCUCCUUCAGCAAAGUCCUCGGGUCUACGACUAUGUCAUGCAGCUACGGCCGAGUGGUGGACCGGGCGGGAAGAGGAGGUCUCGAAGACACGGACAGAACGGGGUGCCGAACGGACCAGGUCCGCCUCCGCCAGGGAUGAGCCCGUAUGGAGCUGGUGGGAUGGGCCAGCCACCGCCGGGAUCUUUUGUCGGAGGGCCUCCACCACCUAGUGCCCUGCACGGGAGACGCAGUGGAAGGUCACUGAACGCCGACGCACUGCCGGAUAGUGACGACAGUAGAGAGCGCGACAGGGAGAGACGGCACCGGAGACGACGCGAGAGCGGAGAUCCCGAUCGCCAUAGACGGCGGCGCAGUCGCAGGUAUGACGAUGACGAGUAG